AUGAACCUUGCAGUACUCUUCGACCCUGUCACAGGCAUAGGACUACCAGCGUCUACGCUAGGAAGAGACCUGCGAAUCGCCGCUGAGUUGGGCAUGGAUUCUCAUCUCGCAUUGAACGACCCUGAAGCUUUCAGUUCUAUGAUUGCCAAUUCUGCAGAUCCCACAAUUGCAGCAGAAUAUACAGAGAUCCUCAUUGACCACGAGGAUCCUUCGUUUGGCACCUAUCGAAACAGAUUUUGGGUCAAUGAAGAAUUCUAUGUCCCCGGGAGCCCUAUCAUGGUCUAUGACAUUGGAGAGGCUACUGMUGAGUAUUCAGUUUCUUUGUUGACAAAUUCCUCAUCCUGGCUUAGUCUGCUGUUGCAAGAAUUUCACGCUAUGGGAAUCGUGUGGGAGCACAGAUAUUAUGGAGAGUCCCUUCCGUUCCCCGUCAGCCAGAAUAUGCCCGUGGAGCACAUGAAGUAUCUCACCACUAAGCAAGCCCUCGCUGAUAUCCCCUAUUUUGCUGCAAAUUUCAGCCGGCCAAGUCAUCCUGAUAUCGAUCUGACACCCCGAGGAACUCCUUGGGUUAUGAUCGGUGGAUCCUAUCCUGGUAUCCGUGCCGCGUUCACUCGCAACAAAUACCCCGAUACCAUAUUUGCGGCUUAUGCUUCGUCCGCUCCGGUACAAGCUCAGCUCGAUAUGAGCGUGUACUAUGAGCAGAUUUACCGUGCUAUGGUGGCCAACGGGUACAGUAACUGCACCAAAGACAUUCAGGCUGCUCUCAAGUACAUCGAUGGCCAGUUGUCCAACGGAGAGACGUCCGCGUCGAUCAAACGGCUUUUUCUUGGACCCGACGCGGAGAAGAACAGCAAUGGAGACUUCACCACGGCUUUGGGCGCUCUUUACGGACCCUUUCAGGCUCACAGUAUUUGGAGCGGUAAUCAAAGCUUGCACAAUUUCUGCAACUACCUCGAGCUGGACCCAGCGACAAACCAGUCGGCAGGACCGGAGGGUCUCGCCCCGAUCCGCGGCAGCAAAUACGUUGCAGAGCGCUGGGCGUCCUUUCCUUACUUCAUAUCGCUUGUCAACAGGAUGUACGGGACUAACUGCAACGGUCUCAAUGCAUCAGAGCCUUUGUCGUGCGAUUUCAGCCAACCCAACACCGUCCCUGAGUUGAUCAGCUGGACUUGGCAAUACUGCACAGAAUGGGGGUUCUUCCAGAGCAACAACUUUGGCCCUCAUGCGCUUCUUUCCUCGUAUCAGACCCUGGAGUAUCAGCAGGAACUCUGCUAUCGCCAGUUCCCAAAUGCCGUCCAGGCUGGACUCCUACCGCCACGACCACAGACGGAAAACAUGAAUGAAGAGUUCGGCGGCUGGACUAUCCGACCGUCCAACGUGUACUUCAGCGGGGGGCAGUUUGAUCCCUGGAGACCAUUGUCGGUGCUAUCUGACGAAAACUGGGCUCCACAGGGGGUCAAUUUCACAACUGAAAUACCGGCAUGCGGGGUCUCCACCAGCAAAGACGCGGUAUUUGGGUACAUUAUGGAGAACGCGGUGCACUGCCCAGACUUUCAGCUCACCCCGGACGCGGCAGUGUCCCGGAAUUACUUUAGCCAGGCCUUAAAACAAUGGCUGCCAUGUUUCAGGCGAAAUCAGUCCAGCAGUCACAGUGAUUCCUGA